AUGACAUCCCAGUGGCGACCGGCCAACGACGAAAUGAACCAGUUCACUUCCCGGAACGAAUUGCCCAUGGAGUCUGAGCUGGGUACGCGACAGCACUCAAGGGCGUGUGAGACAUGCCGUCGGAAAAAGAUCAAGUGUGAAAAGGAAGGCUGUAGUGCAAUAUGCGUGCAAUGUAUGCGCGGUAAUAUGACUUGUGUCUUUUCGGCACAUGAGAAGUGGGAUGAGCCAAGCGACGAGUAUGUGAAGUCUUUGAAAGAAAGACUUGUGAAGGUUGAGUCCUUGUUGAAGACGGCAGGUAUUCUGCAAGAGGAUGAUAUGAGUCAGGAUGAAUUUUCCGAUGACGACGAUUACAAUGGCACGACUAGUCAAGAUGCCCCGUCUGUUUCGGGCCUAAAUCCAAGAAUCCGACCAUCUCUUGUGUUGGAAAGUGAUGAUCUCGAGGGCACGCCCAUCUUUCGAGCGGACGAAAGAGAUGAUUCUCGAUAUUAUGGGAAAUCGUGCUCCAUGUCAAUCUUAUCACGAGCAGGAAUAGAAUGGAUCAAGAGAAAAACUGGCGAUGUCAGCUUCUUGCGAAUCAUCUCCCCCGGAUCCAUCCACGAAAAUCCGUGGAAUCAAUGGCGACCGGAUGUGUUCCACGAUUUGUUCGCCUCGCAAGUUUUCAGGCCUUUGCCUCCAAGAUCUGAAGUAUUCUCUCUUAUGAAAGAUUUCUUUCGGACGGCCAACCGUCUGUUUCCUAUCUAUCUGGAGUCGUCCUUUAUGAAGAUGGUCGAAUGGCAAUAUACGCAGCAGACCUGUGAUGAUUCUGCCCGUUGGGCCAGUAUCAACAUGGUGAUUUGUUUGGCAUACGAAUAUCGGUAUUCGAAUAGCCACAGAUUGGAAAAAGACAAAGAGAAAGCUGAGUCCUAUUUCAAAAAUGCUAUGUCGGUCUUUACGGAAUUAGCUUUGAAACGCACCGAUCUCUUGAGUAUACAGGCUUUGUUGAGCAUGGCGUUCUUCCUUCGAGGGAAUUCUGGCACUCAAUCGUCUUUGCCACUCAUCACUGCGGCUAUGCGAUCUGCUCACCGAAUGGGUCUCCAUCGAGACAUCGCAAGGCCAGAACUCAGUCCAGCUGAACAAGAGGAGAGACGGCGCGUGUUCUGGGUUGCAUUUGUAAUUGACCAAAGUACUUGCUUAAGAAUUGGAAAUGCCCCAUCCCAACAUCAAGAUGAUUUUGAUGUCCCUCUUCCGGAGGAACUAGAACACGACAAGCAUGGCGAAACCGCCAGCAACAUCCCAUUCUUCCGCCAACUCUGUCGGAUGGCACUCAUAAAAAGCCGCAUUUACAGUCGAUUAUACUCCGCCAAAGCGUUGGUAAAACCCCCUGUUGAAAUAUACAAGACAGUCAAAGAACUACACUCAGACCUCGAAGAAUGGAAACGCGACUCCCCAAAUCUCGGUGAGCUGACACUGAAAGUUGGCGAACGCGACUUUCUCUUUGGCUUUGCCUCCAUUGGUCUCCACUUCGUCUAUCACAAUGCUUUGAUUAUGAUUCACCGGGUACCUCUCUUUCUCAACUACGUAAUAACAGCCAGAGAGGAAUCAGAAGAGCUGGAGUCGAUCAGCAAGGCACGUGCAGCCAAAUCAACGGCCAUUGGCACACAGGCCGCUCGGGACACCUUGAAGAUUGUCAAUAGUAUGCCAUGGGGAGACAUCGCAUGGACCUGGUCAUUACUAUAUUACGUGUUCCUAGCAACAUCAACAAUAUUCUCAAGUAUACUGCGGGAUACUCGCAGUUCCAGAGUCCGAGCAGACCUCAAAUCCCUCAACAUGGCCUCAACAUUCUUCGCAACUCUAACCCCAGGCAAUGGAGCAACCGACUACGCCGGCUUCAUGACCCACAUGAGCACAAACCUCGAACGCAUCGCCAAAACUGCAGUCGAGAAAGACGAGAAAAGAUCCCACGCCCCAGACGACGAAGACCAAGAAUACAAACCCCCAGGAUCCAAGAGACACACCUCUCGCACACACGCAGCACACCAUCCAAGACAAAACCGCCGACCCACAACUCUCCGCACAACAAUGACCCCCGACACCGCUCCCCAAUAUCCAACAUCAACGACCAAGCCUGACAGGACGGACAUGAGUAUCCCCAACCACCUAGAAGGUCUUCCACCAGUCAAUUCCUCAGGUUACGUCGUACCUAUGAUUCCGAACGACACCAGCCAACCCAACAACCCAUAUAACCCCAACCAAACCAACAACUACCAAUUAUAUCCCCGAGGAGCUGAGAAUACCUUCUCUGCGCUCCAAAGCCCAGCCUGGCAACUAUCGCAAGACUUCUCCCCACAAACAGGAUCCGGAGGGCUACAGGCCUCAAAUACCAACUCCCCAGACUCCUUCAGCAGCGGCAAUCCAAUCCCCGAAUUCUUCCAGGUGCCCAUAUCAGAGAACUGGGAUUACAGCGGAAAUCUAUUCGCAGGGCUCUUCCCUACAGAAUACAACUUCCCGCCUCCCGUUCCGAACGGGCCUCAACCCGCCGGUACAUAUGACAUGUCGGUGUUGUCUGCCGAGUCGUUCAUUCAUGGUGCGCCUGCUGUCGAGGGCCAUGCUCCUCAGCCUGGUGGGUUUGAUCCCCAGAGUCUGGGGUAUGGGUUUAUGUCACAGGGUCAGGAGGAUCCCAACCAGGGGGCAGAUGCAGUCUGGACUAAUGGAUUGAUGGGACUGUUUUAG